AAUAAUUAAAAAAAAUGCAGAGAGACACGAAUCCUCUAGUGCUGAGCCGUGUGAUCGGAGAUGUGAUCAAUCCCUUCACUCCCACCACUGAUCUCCGAGUAUACAUUGAUGGCCGGAGUCUCUGCAACGGCUACCGCCUCCGCCCUUCUCAGAUCAUCUCCCGCCCUAGGGUUGAGAUUGGCGGCCAGGAUUUUCGCACUCUCCACACUCUUGUUCUGGUUGAUGCUGAUUCUCCAAGUCCUGGAAAUCCUUACCAUAGGGAGUAUUUGCACUGGUUGGUGAUUGACAUCCCCGGAGGCAUGGGUCCGGACUUCGGGAAUGAGGUGGUGGAGUAUGAGGCUCCUCAGCCGUCGUUGGGAAUCCACCGCCUUGUAAUGGUGGUGUUCCGGCAGCCACGGCGGCAGAUGUUGAUCGCCCCGGAGUGGCGCAACAACUUCAACACGCGGCAACUUGCGGAGGUGUACAACCUCGGGGAACCGGUGGCCGCCUUCUUCUACAACUGCCAUAGGGAAAACGGCACCGGUUGCCGGAGAGCCUAAUUAUUUUAUGCUAAAGGUGUUACUAUUGCCAACUUAAAUAAAAUGUGUGCCUAUCUCACUCCUCCAUAUAUCUAUAAUUUUCAUGUUUUCAAUAUUAAGUAAUACCUCGAAUGUGAGUUUUCGAGUUAUUUGAUAUGUAUAAAUGCAUGGCACUCUUCUCCCAUUAUAAAUUAUAAAUUACUAUA